AUGCGAGACCCGCCACCGACGGCCGCUACAGCGAACGAGUGGACGCCGCUGAUCAGUGGCAGUGGAGGCGCUACCCCGAACCCGAGUGCGCCGCUCGUGUCGCCCAGUUACGCAGCGGCGUCCCCGUCGUCGUCGGCGUUUUCGCCGUUUGCGGUCAUUGACGAGCCCGAGCACGACCAAUUGCGGGCCGGAAACGGGUCUUCGCUCUUUGCUCACGACGAAGACGGUGAUGACGAUGGUGGUGGUGGUGGUGAUGAUGAUGAUGAGCACGACAGGUGUCAAGGCGGCCACGAGGACGACGCGGGCACGAGUCCGUACGCUUACGUUGCGUCGCCUGCCAAGGUCCUUGGGUCAGCCUGUGUGAAAGGAGACUUUUUCCAAGCUCAGAGUGCUGUGGAGAUGGCGGUGAGCCGAGCAGUUCAAGCUGCGGCGAGACAGGAAGAGACGAGGGCAGAGCGAGUGCUGGCUGAAGUCCGGAAGCGACGGGUGGCUACGAGCGUCUUCCGUCUCUUGACAGUGCACGAAGCUCGACAUCAGAUGAACGCGCUGCAUCUUGCUGUGCUGUAUGAGCACCCGACCGUGGUGGCCUAUUUGGUGGCGGUGGCUACCAAGUAUUUCCCGAGAGACGCUGAAGCGAUGCUGGACAAGCAGACAAUGAGCAAUGGCAAGAGACGCAUUCAUUUGCAUCUGAACGGACAUGGUACACCCGAGUGCGCGUCGGACGAAGACGAGCUGGAAGUGGAACAGAUGGAGGAAGAUUCGAUCAGCAACGCGAGUACCGAGACGCAGGAACAGGAAGAACACGAGAAAUGCACUUGUGGCACGCUGCAAGAUUUUCUGGACAGUCGUUGUGGAGAGUCAAAGCAUUGCGCAACUGCUUUGAUGUUGUGUACGUCAGUGGCAUGUGCAACCACGCUGAUCGACUCUGGAGCAUCGGUCGAUGCUGUGAAUUCGUCGGGGAUGACGGCGAUGCAUUACGCGGCUAGUACGGGUAACGCAGCAUUUGUGAGUCUGCUCGUGUCUCGGGGGGCAGAUGUUAAUCAGACGGAUAGCCGAGGAGCUACUGCUUUGCAUUGGGCUGUUUUUGAAGGUUUCCAAUACACAGCGAUGUUGCUCGUGGGAUACAAGGCAAACCAGAAAAUUUGCGACUCUGAGAAGCAGACGCCGCUUAUGAUUGCCUGUGCCUUAGGAGAUGCUUUUCUUGCGAAGCAACUUGUCGUCGAAGGAGCACCAGUUAACGCUAGGGACAAGCACGGCAGAACAGCGAUGGAUAUCGCGCGACAAGGUGCACACUACGAUACAGCGAGCGCCUUGAAAGCCGGUGCGUCGGAUCGAUUAGUGGCCUGGGCUUCGCACAGAGGUGCAUCGGUGCUGUUCUUCUUCGGGAUGAUUUGCACAACAGCGGCGCUGUCGUUGGUUUUUGCGGUACCGUGCUUGCCACCACAAAAUCCGACUCAUACAGCACAGUACCAAGGAGCGAUGCUGGCACUUUUGGCGAUUACUUGCAUUACGUACACAUAUGUUUGCAUCAAAGACCCGGGGUAUGUGCCGCGCUCCAACCGUCCAGCUUACGAACUGUUGGCAACAGAGGAUACUGCUGUGCCGUGUCCGACGUGCGUCACGUACAAGCCCAAGCGCUCGAAACACUGUUCAGCCUGCAGGCGCUGCGUGUAUCGCUUCGAUCACCAUUGUCCAUGGAUCAACAAUUGUGUUGGGAUUGGCAACCACCGUAGCUUCCUGAUUUUUCUCGCUACGCUGUCAAGCUUUUGUUUCGUAAUUGGCGCAAUAUCUAUGAGCAUUUUAUCAGGCAACGUUCCGUUGCACCCACCCACAUCAAGCGUCGCGGAUGAUUAUGGUAACAGUGUAUCGCUACCGUGGCGAUGGUUACAGCCACCGGAAUGGGCGUUAGCCGGAGAUCAUCAUACAUCUGCGGGAUCGUCAACCCUGGUGCUGCACAGCAUCCACGCCAUCCUCCUCAUCUGUUCGAUCGUCUUUGGCCUUCCGACGGCCACGUUGUUGGCUAUCCAGCUGCGCAAUAUCAGCCGCAACUUGACGACGAACGAGCAUUUCAACAAAGACAAGUAUCCGUAUUUGAAAACUCCUAUGGAUGAGUUUUACAAUCCGUUCGACCGCGGCUGUCCGCACAAUUUUGCCGAGGUGUGCCGCGGCGAGAUUCCAGCAAGCGAAGAUGACGGCGGUGAGAUCGACGUCACGAAUUCCAUCAUGCAAGAGCGCAAUGUAUACUCAGCGGACGUUAAAUGA